AUGUCUAAUGGAGCUGACCUUCACGUGUAUGCGAAAGACCAAGUCAUGCGCUACUGUAUGUCCAUCUCAGGCAUCCACACGUUAAAAAAGCCACUUGUGUAAAGAAAUAAAAUACUAUGUUUCCAUCAUGUCUACACUUUUGUCAUGAGGAGCUGAAGAGUUCAAAUGAACCAUGUAAAAUGUGAAAUCAUUCAAAUUAUAUAAUAAAAUAGAAUGUAUUCCCAGCCCAAACACAAAAAGACAUGAAUACCUUACUUCAAGUAGGUGCAUAUUUCCUAUUAUCAUACAUUUACUCUACAUAAAAGGUUGAUCUUAAACUGUGAUCUUGGCUCAUCCGAGACUGACAUCUGCUUUUGUUGUCAGCUGCACGUUUUAUUACUCUUUAUUUUCAGGUGUAGGAUCUUAAUUUGAUGAACCUGUUGCUGGACAUCUUUCCUGCAAUGCAUAUUCUAUUUGAGGUUUAAAAAUGCUUCUGAAGUUUGUAAUUUCCACUUUGAAAUGUCAAACCUGAUGUUUCAAAAUGUAUCAAAAUGUUAAUUAAUUAUAAUUCACAUUUCCUGUUGCUGCAGGCUUAUUUUCCUGCUGUACCAAACUGGCUCAAAUUAAGAUGCUACAUGUAUAUUUACUCUUCAAACAGAACACCAUGAACUCACCAGAUGCGCCCAGAUGAAAAAGGGUCAACUGAAUGUGCUUGUAUACAGUAACUGGUCAGGUUAACCUCUAACAGGUUGACAUAUUUUUUUCAUAUAGAAUGUAGGCUAAAUAAUUAUAGAGACUAUUUUGGAGGGGGGGGGGGGGAUCCCUCUUUACAUAAAUCUAUAGUUUCAUUGCGUCACUCCCAAACAUUGUGUAAGGAUCAUGUUGGGGCAUGUGUUACACAAUGGUUUUGGCUACACUUUCGUAAGCACACUGGAAAUACUAGCUCCUCCCUUGGUAGAAGUGAAGUGAUCUGCUGUCGAAUAUAUAUAUAUAUAUAUAUAGUGAGGGAAAAAAUAUUUGAUCCCCUGCUGAUUUUUUACGUUUGUCCACUGACAAAUAAAUGUUCAGUCUAUAAUUUUAAUGGUAGGUUUAUUUGAACAGUGAGAGACAGAAUAACAACAAACAAAUCCAGAAAAACGCAUGUCAAAAAUGUUAUAAAUUGAUUUGCAUUUUAAUGAGGGAAAUAAGUAUUUGACCCCCUCUCAAUCAGAAAGAUUUCUGUCUCCCAGGUGUCUUUUAAACAGGUAACGAGCUGAGAUUAGGAGCACACUCUUAAAGGGAGUGCUCCUAAUCUCAGUUUGUUACCUGUAUAAAAGACACCUGUCCACAGAAGCAAUCAAUCAAUCAGAUUCCAAACUCUCCACCAUGGCCAUGACCAAACAGCUCUCCAAUGAUGUCAGGGACAAGAUUGUAGACCUACACAAGGCUGGAAUGGGCUACAAGACCAUCGCCAAGCAGCUUGGUGAGAAGGUGACAACAGUUGUUGCGAUUAUUCGCAAAUGGAAGAAACACAAAAGACCUGUCAGUCUCCCUUGGCCUGGGGCUCCAUGCAAGAUCUCACCUCAUGGAGUUGCAAUGAUCAUGAGAACGGUGAGGAAUCAGCCCAGAACUACACGGGAGGAUCUUGUCAAUGAUCUCAAGGCAGCUGGGACCAUAGUCACCAAGAAAACAAUUGGUAACACACUACACCGUGAAGGACUGAAAUCCUGCAGCACCCGCAAGGUCCCCCUGCUCAAGAAAGCACAUAUACAUGCCCGUCUGAAGUUUGCCAAUGAACAUCUGAAUGAUUCAGAGGAGAACUGGAUGAAAGUGUUGUGGUCAGAUGAGACCAAAAUCGAGCUCUUUGGCAUCAACUCAACUCGCCGUGUUUGGAGGAGGAGGAAUGACCUUAAUCCCAUAGAAAAUCUGUGGAGGGAGCUGAAGGUUCGAAUUGCCAAACGUCAGCCUCGAAACCUUAAUGACUUGGAGAAGAUCUGCAAAGAGGAGUGGAACAAAAUCCCUCCUGAGAUGUGUGCAAACCUGGUGGCCAACUACAAGAAACGUCUGACCUCUGUGAUUGCAAACAAGGGUUUUGCCACCAAGUACUAAGUCAUGUUUUGCAGAGGGGUCAAAUACUUAUUUCCCUCAUUAAAAUGCAAAUCAAUUCAUAACAUUUUUGACAUGCAUUUUUCUGGAUUUUUGUGUUGUUAUUCUGUCUCUCACUGUUCAAAUAAACCUACCAUUAAAAUUAUAGACUGAUCAUGUCUUUGUCAGUGGCCAAACGUACAAAAUCAGCAGGGGAUCAAAUACGUUUUUCCCUCACUGUAUAUAUACACACACACACACACACACACACACACACACAGAGAGAGUAAUGAGAGGUCACUCAUUAGCUUCCUAUACAUAAAUCUAUAUCAAGAUGUCUGUUGUUGCAAACACUGUCAAGACACAUGUGGAAGAGCCAAUGGAAUGCAACAAUAUUGCAGUAAUAAAGAAGAACGAGUUUCACUUAGUUCAAGUCAAGGGCACAUGGAAACGCAAAACUGGAAAUAAUUUCAUUAAAAACUUAAAGGGUUGAGUAUCAGCUGCCAAGAUGUGAGUAAAAACUUGUAUUAAAAUAUAAUUAAGGGAUGCAAUUGAUUCAAAUAAAUUAAAACGUUAUGCAAAAUAUAAGGUUUGUGCACAUUAUCAUCAUACAAAGGAUAAUGAUUUUAUACGGUUUAUACAUCUAAAUUAGUUUUCUUGAUAUUAGCAUUAUUUUUUAGACUCACUAGCUUGACUUUAAGUAAAAAAAAAAGAAGUAGCCUCCCACUGGGCAAAACUUUUUUGGGGAAAACUGAUUGGAUUUGCAAAAAAUCAUCAAUGUAAUGGAAUGUAAUAUUUUUUUUAAACCAACUUUUAACCUAAAUCCAAUGGCAUGGUGAAUUUUGGACGUUUGUGCCUAGAGGGCUUGCACAAGCCUUGGCUUGGCUUGAUUCGAUUCGGAAUGGCUCAUAGGAGCUCAUAGGAGCAGGAGACUAUCCCCUGUUUCUGUAGCGUGAGGCAUCUUGAUGUACAAGUACACCCCCUGGACAGGACACUAGUCUCCUUAAUACUGAGUGCCAAGCAGAGACUCAUCAGGUCCCAUUUUUACAGUAUUUGGUAUGACUAAGCCUGAGAUCCAGGGCCGGCACCAGAACUAAUCAGUUGGAUGGGCAUUUGAUUUCUACAGGCGGCCCGGUUUUUUUUCACGGGACUUCCUGUGUGCACCAAUUUUGUUCAUGGGUGUUAUAAUAAAGACCAUAGGCAGCUCGUGGGUUUCAAGUUUGGGGAAGCUUACAAUUUAUCCCAAUUUCUACCUAUCUGCGUGUCAGUUAUGAUUAUUUUUAUAUGCGCUUUUUCGUGGAACAGUUUCAUUUCAAUACUAAUGUCUUCAUUUCUCUAAAUGAUUGUUGCGUGGUUAAUCAUACAGAUAUUAAUUUAAAUGAUAAAAAUCUAUCAGUUAAAAUUCAACUGAUGCAAGAGCACCAGCCUUUGCCAUAUGGACACAUUGAUAGCCUACACCGUGAUCCAGUCGCGGUUAAAGAAAUUAGCGCAUGGAACUCAGAGCAGUAGGCCUAUAACUUCCAUCUUCAACUAAGUAAAAUACAUAGGCCUAAAGCCAACAAAUGAAAACAGUAGAAACUAUCCUGAUAAAAAUGCAGGUUCUUUCAAUUGCAUUAAUCUCUCUACUCCGCCUGUCUGCCUCCCUUUCUAUCUGUCUUGAUUUGAGCUCUAGCUAGUGAAGUGCAACAUUGAAUCAACUCAGCAGGUUGGCGUGCUGAGGCGCAUGCGCUCUCUCAAAGUUAUCAGGACAGAGAAACCACACACAUGCUCAUUGCUCACAUGGACCACUCCAAACAAAAGACAAUGAAAAAAUUGACAAAACUCCUAAAUGAUGGUUAUGAAAUUAACCAAAACUUGUUUCUCACAAGUGUAGCAGGUUGUGAACUCUAAACAACAUUUGCACUCCGAGAAUGAGAACGGCAAAUAACUGUAAUACAGGCAUUAACAUAGAUUAAUGUAACCAAAUGACGGAGAUUAACGGAACAUUUACUAAGAAUAUUUUCGCCAUACACCCCUCCCCUUCUUCUUGUCUCAACAUUUUAAAUUAUACUCAAGACACAUUAUCUUCACACAUUUAGAUUAUUUUCACUGACAGCCACAACUCAAUAAUUAGCUAGGCCUAUUGCCAUGCUCGCUGCCCAAAUUGCUGGCUUUCCAAAUAGGCAUAGGCCUAUGCACUUGUGAUAAUCCACAGCAAUUUAAAAAAAAGAAGCUAAUGAUCCUCUAUGGCUAAAUCAAGCUCGCUGGUAAAGUCUUUUGACUGGAGUAAUUAUAUAAUUUUGGCAAAACAUCCAUUUACUUUAGGGAAAGCCAGAAUCCGAACAGUGCUAACUUUCCGUUCUAAUUCACAUGUGGCUGAAAGCAGAGAUCUGUGUAUAAUGACGAGAUGCUCAUAUCUCCACCCUAACAAUGCAAGUCGUUGUCCCGAAGGUGGGAAUGCAGGCGAUAAGCUUAGGUCUGCAUAUUAUGCCCAUAGAAACGCAUUGGGUUUAUUCAGGACAGAGUUUGUCGAGAGCCCUCUCACUUGGCCUCUUCCUCUCUGCUGAAACUAACGAGCGAAACAGCGCUGCUCUGUCUUACUAUAUGUAGCCCAUGUAUAUGACAUGCCAAACUCCUUUUGUCCAGAUAGCAUCAGAUACAUUGUUUACACAGCUUUGUUCUCUAAACAUUUACUGUACAUACUGUACUGUACAUAAAUUACUCUGACAAAUACAUCACAUGUUCCAGCUAUGAGAGCACCACGGAGCAAGGCACCUCCUGGACAGUGGUCAGCCCUAUCGUCUUCACUUACAAGGUGACUGAGUCCCUGGGCCUGCUGGACCCCAGCAACGACACCCUGCUCCUGGGGCACAUUAGGGACCCCCAGCAGCUGGAGGCCCUGAGGAACAGCAUCAGCACCAAGCCCCUCAGGCGCUUCGUGGUCAUGGACCAGACCGUCUACAACCUCUACGGCUGCCAGCUCACAGACUACUUUGAGGCCCGUAAUGUUCUCUACAGGAUCCUGCCCCUGCCCACCACCGAGGAGAACAAGUCCAUGGAGCUUGUGAUGAGGAUCCUUGAGGAGGUGAUUAUGGUGAAGGUAUACAGUGAAUGAGUGAUUCUAAUGACACAUAUGUUAUAAUAAUAUGGAAUUCCAGUGGUGUAAAGUACUUCAGUAAAAAUACUUUAAAGUACUACUUAAGUCGUUUUUUGGGGGUAUCUGUACUUUAAUAUUGAUAUUUUUGACAACUUUUACUCCAUUACAUUCCUAAAGGAAAGAAUGUACUUUUUAUUCCAUACAUUUUCCAUGACACCCAAAAGUACUUGUUACAUAUCGAAUGCUUAGCAGGUCAGGAAAAUUGUCCAAUUCACACACUUAUCAAGAGAACAUCCCUGGUCCUCCCUACUGCCUCUGAUCUGGCGGACUCACUAAACACAAAUGCUUCGUUUGUAAAUGAUGUCCGAGUGUUGGAGCAUGCCCCUGGCUAUCUGUAAAUAAAAAUAACAAAAUACAUUUGUGCCAUCUGGUUUGCUUCAUAUAAACAAUGUGAAAUUAUUUAUAAUUUAGCAAUUACAUUUACUUUUGAUACUUAAGUAUAUUUAAAACCAAAUACUUUUACUCAAGUAGUAUUUUGCUGGGUGACUUACUAGAGUCAUUUUCUAUUAUGAUAUCUUUAAUUUUACUCAAAUAUGACAGUUGGGUACUUUUCACACCACUGGAAAAUUCACAGACUACUCUGUCAUGACAGAACUAUACCACUAGAUGAAGCUCUUGGAAGGACUGAUGAGACCUAUAAAUAACUGCAACUGGUGGGGUUAUAAUUUUGGUAUAUGGAUUUUCACCAUUGGAGAGGAACGUCGUAUUUGCGGCUAGGAACACACAUCUCUGUAUGUUCCUAGAGAUGCGGUAAUGAAGUCAACGGAACUCGACCAAAACAAUGGAAAUGAGUGGGGAAAAGACGCCUCCUACAUUUUGGCUAUUGUUUGUGUAUUUCACACUGUUGAUGUAAAAAUCGGAGUAUCCUGCUUGUAUGGAUGUCAACCCCAAUACAUGUUCAUGUCAUCGUCACCAAUCAACUGCAUUACAGUUAAAAACGACUUACUACCACCACCGAUAGCUGUAUGCUAGCGAUACUACGAACGGGAGUUAGCAAACUAGCAUUAGCAGUCACUUAUUCUAAACCUGAAAAGGGACAAAUUCUAAAUGUUAUGCAGCGAAAACAGCCAAAUAUAUUCAAAUCGGAAGUUAGUAACUACAUUGUGGGCAUGUUACAAUACAUCAAUCUUGACGAAUAUUCACUUUGUUAGAUCAGAUUUGUUGAAUGUGCGCCAAUCCGGCGUCAUAGAAAAUAGUCCCGCACCACCGUCUGCGUUCCAUGCAUUGACCUCUUAACCGCAUCUAAUUAGGCCUAUAUGUAGGUUAUUUCAUUCAAUUAAAAUUAAUAUAAAUGUUUCAUUUUAUAAAGCAAAAAUAGUGGAUUAUUAUGAGUGGACUAUUCAAGUGUCCUACCAUCUUUCCAGUUGAUCUUUCCCCGCGACAUUCUGCUGCAUCCUACAGGCAGCAACUAAGUUAACUAAAGUCAGCCCAGCCACAUUCAUUAUUUCGAGCUUCUGCAUUGCCAUCAUACUCAUAGCUAGUUCUGUGAGAAAAACCCAACAUACCUUUGGCAGCCUGCAUUGUGAAUUUCCACGGCGUUCGUAAGACAAAAUACACAACAAGUUGUCAAAUCUGUUUGCUCCCACGAAGGGCGACUGGCGAAGCAGCUGUCUAUCUAUAUACCUUAAAACCCGUUUCAGUUGUGUAAAUGGAUUUUGAUUGAUGGUUUACGAAACUCCCCGAAAUAAGCUGCUAGUUUUUCACACGGUAGUCCUGCCCACGUGUCCGUUGACCUAUAAGAUCUGUCUAUCCGUGUCAAACUUUUUGUGUAAACCUUUCGCAAAAAAGUGUUUUCUCCAUGAGGGUAUUUUUACUGACAUCACGUGGGCGCAAACCGUAUAACGCCGCUUUUCUCCUGUAGCCGAUGUCUAAUGGAGCUGACCUUCACGUGUAUGCGAAAGACCAAGUCAUGCGCUACUGUAUGUCCAUCUCAGGCAUCCACACGUUAAAAAAGCCACUUUGUGUAAAGAAAUAAAAUACUAUGUUUCCAUCAUGUCUACACUUUUGUCAUGAGGAGCUGAAGAGUUCAAAUGAACCAUUUAAAAUGUGAAAUAAUUCAAUUGAUAUAAUAAAAUAGAAUGUAUUCCCAGCCCAAACACAAAAAGACAUGAAUACCUUACUUCAAGUAGGUGCAUAUUUCCUAUUAUCAUACAUUUACUCUACAUAAAAGGUUGAUCUUAAACUGUGAUCUUGGCUCAUCCGAGACUGACAUCUGCUUUUGUUGUCAGCUGCACGUUUUAUUACUCUUUAUUUUCAGGUGUAGGAUCUUAAUUUGAUGAACCUGUUGCUGGACAUCUUUCCUGCAAUGCAUAUUCUAUUUGAGGUUUAAAAAUGCUUCUGAAGUUUGUAAUUUCCACUUUAAAAUGUCAAACCUGAUGUUUCAAAAUGUAUCAAAAUGUUAAUUAAUUAUAAUUCACAUAAUAAUUCACAUUUCCUGUUGCUGCAGGCUUAUUUUCCUGCUGUACCAAACUGGCUCAAAUUAAGAUGCUACAUGUAUAUUUACUCUUCAAACAGAACACCAUGAACUCACCAGAUGCGCCCAGAUGAAAAAGGGUCAACUGAAUGUGCUUGUAUACAGUAACUGGUCAGGUUAACCUCUAACAGGUUGACAUAUUUUUUUCAUAUAGAAUGUAGGCUAAAUAAUUAUAGAGACUAUUUUGGAGGGGGGGGGGGGGGGGGGGGGGGGGGGAUCCCUCUUUACAUAAAUCUAUAGUUUCAUUGCGUCACUCCCAAACAUUGUGUAAGGAUCAUGUUGGGGCAUGUGUUACACAAUGGUUUUGGCUACACUUUCGUAAGCACACUGGAAAUACUAGCUCCUCCCUUGGUAGAAGUGAAGUGAUCUGCUGUCGAGAAUAUAUAUAUAUAUAUAUAUACACAGAGAGUAAUGAGAGGUGAACAUUAUGCUCCAUUAGGUUACUUGACUCUGCAUCGGUCACUCAUUAGCUUCCAAUACAUAAAUCUAUAUCAAGAUGUCGCUUGUUGCAAACACUGGGAAGACACAUGUGGAAGAGCCACUGGAAUGCAACAAUAUUGCAGUAAUAAAGAAGAACGAGUUUCAAUUAGUUCAAGUCAAGGGCACAUGGAAACGCAAAACGGGAAAUAAUUUUAAUAAAAACUUAAAGGGUCGAGUAUCAGCUGCCAAGAUGUGAGUAAAAACUUAUAUUAAAAUAUAAUUAAGGGAUGCAAUUGAUUCAAAUAAAUUAAAACGGUAUGCAAAAUAUAAGGUUUGUGCACAUUAUCACGAUACAAAGGAUAAUGAUUGUAUAUCUAAAUUAGUUUUCUUUAUAUUAGCAUGCUUUUUUAGACCCACUAGCUUGACUUUAAGUAAAAAAAACUGGGAAAAAACUUCCAUGGAAAACUGAUUGGAUGUAAGGGAAUGUAGUAUUUUUUUUUAACCAACUUUUAACCAAAAUCCAAUGGCAUGGUGAAUUUUUUGGGGGAUUCAAGUUAGUUGACAACUAAACCAAAUGUACAUCAAAACUAGAUGUGUUGAACUGACGUUUGUGCCUAGAGGGCUUGCACAAGCCUUGGCUUGGCUUGAUUGGAUUCGGAAUGGCUCAUAGGAGCUCAUAGGAGCAGGAGACUAUCCCCUGUUUCUGUAGCGUGAGGCAUCUUGAUGUACAAGUACACCCCCUGAACAGGACACUAGUGUCAAAGUUGUGUCAAUUCAAAUCUGGUAUUAGGAACAAAAGAGGUCAACACGACUUCUAAGAUAUACUAGUUAUUUUAAUUAAUGCAAAAACCUUCAAUGGUAAAUAUGAUGUUUCGUAUAUACGGGCUCUUUGAAAUACCUCGCAGGGCACUUCAGAGAACUAAUCCAUUGUUCCAGGUUCAAUAUUCAAAUACUCUGACAGAGAGAGUUUCCCACCUCUCUGCUGGCCAAUCAGAGCAAAGACUUGAGCUUGGUUUAGACUUACUCAGCAAUCCGUUGAUGAACCCCUGUUGCCAGGCAUAAGUCCAUAUCAUAACAACCUGUCAUAGUGAGAAGAGCCAGCUCCCUUAGACACCAUUCCUACGUCCAAGGAAGGUUCACAGAUCACAAAGAACCAGUAUAUUCCAGUAUCUGGAGACACAAAUCCCUAUCUCAUCUUACCCCCCAAAACAGCUCUUCACAUCAAUCACAGCCUGCCAGGUGACACAACCUACAUUAGCCCAGUCAAGAAAGCAUUCUUUCUAAGUUAGUCAUCCCAUCAAUUAUAAAAAAUAAUACAUCUCUCACACUAGUCUCCUUAAAACUGAGUGCCAAGCAGAGACUCAUCAGGUCCCAUUUUUACAGUAUUUGGUAUGACUAAGCCUGAGAUCCAGGGCCGGCGCCAGAACGAAUCAGUUGGAUGGGCAUUUGAUUUCUAUAGGCGGCCCGGUUUUUUUCACGGGACUUCCGGUGUGCACGCGCUUGCACCAAUUUUGUUAGGGUGUUAUAAUAAAGACCAUAGGCAGCUCGUGGGUUUCAAGUUUGGGGAAGCUUACAAUUUAUCCCAAUUUCUACCUAUCUGCGUGCCAAUUAUUAUUAUUUUUAUAUGCGCUUUUUCGUGGAACAGUUUCAUUUCAAUAAUAACGUUUUCGAUUCUCAAAAUUAUUGUCACGUGGUUAAUCAUACAAAUAUUAUUUUCAAUGAUAAAAAUCUAUCAGUUAAAAUUCAACUAAUGCAAGAGCACCAGCCUUUGCCAUAUGGACACAUUGAUAGCCUACACCGUGAUCCAGUCGCGGUUAAAGAAAUUAGCGCAUGGAACUCAGAGCAGUAGACCUAUAACUUCCAUCUUCAACUAAGUAAAAUACAUAGGCCUAAAGCCAACAAAUGAAAACAGUAGAAACGAUCCUGAUAAAAAUGCAGGUUCUUUCAAUUGCAUUAAUCUCUCUACUCCGCCUGUCUGCCUCCCUUUCUAUCUGUCUUGAUUUGAGCUCUAGCUAGUGAAGUGCAACAUUGAAUCAACUCAGCAGGUUGGCGUGCUGAGGCGCAUGCGCUCUCUCAAAGUUAUCAGGACAGAGAAACCACACACAUGCUCAUUGCUCACAUGGACCACUCCAAACAAAAGACAAUGAAAAAAUUGACAAAACUCCUAAAUGAUGGUUAUGAAAUAAACCAAAACUUGUUUCUCACAAGUGUAGCAGGUUGUGAACUCUGUAAACAACAUUUGCACUCCGAGAAUGAGAACGGCAAAUAACUGUAAUACAUGCAUUAACAUAAAUUAAUGUAACCAAAUGACGGAGAUUAACGGAACAUUUACUAAGCAUAUUUUCGCCACAAACCCCUCCCCUUCUUCUUGUCUCAACAUUUUAAAUUAUACUCAAGACACAUUAUCUUCACACGUUUUAGAUGGUUUUCACUGACAGCCACAACUUAAUAAUCAGCUAGGCCUAUUGCCACGUUCGCUGCCCAAAUUGCUGGCUUUCCAAAUAGGCAUAGGCCUAUGCACUUGUGAUAAUCCACAGCAAUUUUUUAAAAAGAAGCUAAUGAUCCUCUAUGGCUAAGUCAAGCUCACUGGUAAAGUCUUUUGACUGGAGUAAUUAUAUAAUUUUGGCAAAACAUCCAUUUACUUUAGGGAAAGCCAGAAUCCGAACAGUGCACCCGCUAACUUUCCGUUCUAAUUCACAUGUGGCUGAAACCAGAGAUCUGUGUAUAAUGACGAGAUGCUCAUAUCUCCACCCUAACAAUGCAAGUCGUUGUCCCGAAGGUGGGAAUGCAGGCGAUAAGCUUAGGUCUGCAUAUUAUGCCCAUAGAAACGCAUUGGGUUUAUUCAGGACAGAUUUUGUCGAGAGAUCCCUCUCACUUGGCCUCUUCCUCUCUGCUGAAACUAACGAGCGAAACAGCGCCACUCUGUCUUACUAUAUGUAGCCCAUGUAUAUGACAUGCCAUACCCCUUUUGUCCAGAUAGCAUCAGAUACAUCGUCUACACAUACGGAGACAGAGGGGCGCUGUUUCGCUCGCUCGGAUGCUUUAUCUGAGAUUGUUGCGUCUUUCUGUCAGCGCGCGUCUUGGUCAAAUACAUUAUAAAUAUUUCGAUAUUUUAUUUGGACGGGCAGGCAAAGCCCUCCAGGACCCGCGUCAUUUAGCAGACGCUCUUAUCCAGAGCGACUUACAGUUAGUGAGUGCAUACAUUUUCAUACUGGUCCCCCGUGGGAAUCAAACCCACAACCCUGGCGUUGCAAGCACCAUGCUCUACCAACUGAGCUACACAGGACUGCAGAGAUUGAACUCCCAACCUUAGGACGGACACUCUUAACACAAGGCCAAAGAGUAGCUCAGUUGGUAGAGCAUGGCGCUUGCAAUGCCAGGGUUGUGGGGUCGAUUCACACGGGGGGCCUGUAUGAAAAUGUAUGCACUAACUGUAAAUUGCUCUAGAUUAGAGUGUCUGCUAAAUGACUAAAAUGUAAAAAAAUUUAGACAAUGGAUGAAAGUGAAAUAUUUAUUUCACCAUGUGAAUAGGUGGCAUAAUGAUGUUUAUCCAGCCAUCACAACACUAUCAUAGUCAUUUGCAAACACAUUCUUCCACUUUAUUUAGCUACCACCACAGAAAGUGAAAUGGUGUGAAGUUACAUUUACUCCCAGGCUUUGUUCUCUAAACAUUUACUGUACAUACUGUACUGUACAUAAAAUAAUCUGACAAAUACAUCACAUGUUCCAGCUAUGAGAGCACCACGGAGCAAGGCACCUCCUGGACAGUGGUCAGCCCUAUCGUCUUCACUUACAAGGUGACUGAGUCCCUGGGCCUGCUGGACCCCAGCAACGACACCCUGCUCCUGGGGCACAUUAGGGACCCCCAGCAGCUGGAGGCCCUGAGGAACAGCAUCAGCACCAAGCCCCUCAGGCGCUUCGUGGUCAUGGACCAGACCGUCUACAACCUCUACGGCUGCCAGCUCACAGACUACUUUGAGGCCCGUAAUGUUCUCUACAGGAUCCUGCCCCUGCCCACCACCGAGGAGAACAAGUCCAUGGAGCUUGUGAUGAGGAUCCUGGAGGAGGUCCAUAAGUUCUCCUUGGACAGACGCACAGAGCCCAUCAUCGCCAUCGGAGGAGGGGUCUGCCUGGAUGUUGUGGGCCUGGCGGCUUCCCUGUACAGGAGACGCACCCCCUACAUCCGUGUCCCGACCACCCUGCUCUCCUAUGUCGAUGCCAGCGUGGGGGCAAAGACUGGGGUGAACUUUGCCAACUGUAAAAAUAAGCUAGGUGGCUACAUACCCCCGGUGGCUGCUUUCCUAGACCGCUCCUUCCUUCAAACUGUUUCUCGAAGACACAUCUCCAAUGGGCUGGCCGAAAUGUUAAAGGUACAGUGGCAAUGCCUGAGAGCAACAGAGAUGGAUUGGAUAUAUGACUGUCCAUUAACUUAAGAUACAAUACUGUACUAUCUGACUGUAUACUGUAGAGAGCAAUAUACAGUACAUCAUCAGUCUUAGAGAAUAUGUUGAUGCUCAUUUAGCUCUGUAGAUCGGGUUUUAUGUACAGGUAUUCAAUGUAAAUGUGUGUUCUACAGAUGGCCUUGAUGAAACACAGAGGUCUCUUUGAGCUUCUGGAGACCAACGGCCGGUUCCUGUUGGACUCAAAGUUCCAGUCUGACAGUGGUCUUCAGGGGGACAACAAAGAUGCUGCCUCCGUGUCCACACGCAUGGCCAUAGAAACCAUGCUAGAGGAGUUGGCCCCCAACCUGUGGGAGGACGAUUUAGACAGACUGGUAGACUUUGGUCACCUUAUCAGCCCAGAGCUGGAAAUGGUACAGUACAACCAAUUAUGUACCGCUUCACUUUAAAUAACCACAAAGUCAAAUAGUUCCAUAAGCUACUAUAUGUAACCGGGUUUGAACCAAUAUGUCAUCAUGUCAUGUUUGUCACCUCUUGUUCCAUUUUGAGUGUAACUAUGUGUCAGAUGAGCAUGGUGUCAGGUUUACUCACAUCUGUUCAUGUUAGCUAGCGGCAAUAAACAGUGUGGCUAUGAUCAAUACUCCACUCUAAAGAGUUGUGCAUGGAUACAGUACUUAAUGCUGAACCUCUUGAUUGCAGAAGGUUCUCCCUUCCUUGCUGCACGGAGAGGCGGUGAACAUCGAUAUGUCCUACAUGGUGUACGUGGCCCGUGAGAGAGGCCUCAUGACGGAGGAGGAGAAGCUGCGGAUUAUAGGCUGCAUGGUGGGGCUGGAGCUGCCUGUGUGGCACCAGGACAUUAACAUGGCACUAGUGCAGCAGUCACUUUGCGAAAGGCUGAAACACUCUGGUGGGCUGGUCAGGAUGCCUCUACCCAUUGGCCUAGGGCACGCAGGUAAGGAGACAGACAUGUAUUUGUCAGCUAGAGUUCAGCACAUUAACAAAUAUUAAAAAUGCAUAUAUUUUCAAAGCUGGCAUUAACGAUAUCCUUUUUCUCUCCAUCUGCAGAGAUCUAUAAUGACACAGGUGAUGACACCCUGUACAGAGCGUUUGAGAAGUGGUGUGAUGAGCUGCGACCUCAGUGACCUGAACUAGUCCAAAUAUUUUGUAUUGCUAUAGAUUAUUUACUUUGAAUGAUUAAAAAUAUUAAAAUAAGGAUGUGGCAUUUCUGCUUGACACAUUGACACAGAUAUCUAGAAUGCUCAACAAUUGUUAAUUAAUGUAGGUGAUAUUUAGAAGGUCCUGUUGAUUGUUCAGGUUGACUUGAUUUGAUAGAAAAUGGCAAGCCCUGUAUUGUCCUAUUGAACAAUACCAGCACCUCACAGUUUUACUACAACAUUACAAAAAGGGGUUUAUCAAAACUUUAUGUAUUAUGACCUUGUAUUGUUAUUGAUGUUUUUGAUGUCUC